AUGGUGAAAUACGGAAGUCUGUGGUUAGGGAUCAUCAUCUGUGCUGUCUCUCAGGCUGUGUGUUUUCUAGGCUUUAUUGCCCGGCUAAUGCAAAAAGCCUGUCAGCAGGCUCGGGUACAUGCCAGUUUGAAACGAAAUGCGGCCCAGGACAGGACUGCUGCUUUCUCCCAGGACCCACUUCGCCCAGGCCCUGGAAACCAUGGAGGAAUGUGGAUAAGAGAUGUUGAAAAAAAAGAGGCGAUUCAGUCGGAUCAGCAGACACGCCAGGAAGAGUGUCUUGAGGUUCAUCCAGGGGCCACGUGGAAAUUGUCUGGGAGACAGCUGGUGCUGUGGUGAGGGCUUCCGCUCUUUGGGGUCAUUGUCAUCUUGCUGGUGGGGAUUUUAGUGAGAGUCUAUGUCAGAAUUCAGUGA